UCUUUUGUUUAUUUUCAUACCCGAAGAUAUUUUCAGUUUUCUGUUUCCCAUUUUUCCUUUUCUCCGGAAAACAGCAAAGUUCCAACCAUAUUCCCGGAAAAUAUUCCAUUUUACAAUUUUCUCCUUCACCGUUUCCCCCCUCUCCUCCUCCUCCUUUCUCUUUAGUUAUAAAAUGGUGAUGCAUAACUAUUUCCAGCCUAUUUCAGUUAGUUGAUUUUUGUUACUUUUAUGCUUCAUUUGGCUUAUUGUUUUUCAUGUUGCCACACUACCUCCGGUGGCAUUUUUAAUUAUAUUUGUUAGUUGGUCCAGUCUUGUUUAUAAAUUAUGUAUGUGCGGUGACAAGUAGUAAUCACUUUUGCUAUCAAAUUUCUCUCCUUUGCAAUCUCUUUAUCUUUUCUCUGGAAUUUCUUCCCUAAAUCUAUUUAUCUUAUCUGACUAAUGGGUCUGCAUCAAAUCGGAGUUUCUUUGUUCUUUUUUAACUUCUUCAUUUGGGUUUGAUCGGGAAAGAAAAUACUCAAUAAGUUUUUAAAUUUCGAUGCAACAAACAAAAGAAAACAAUCCAUAACCGGAGGUCAAAUAGAGGGGAUCAAUUAAAGGAAUAGGUUUUUUCCCCUCUUUUUUAAGGAAACGAGGAUAUGAUGAUGGAAAGUGGGAGACAGGAUAGCAUUGCAUUUGGAGACUACAGUUAUCGAAUGAAUGAAAACUAUGGUAAAAUUUCCAAUGACUACAGUGUUUUAGAGAAAGAAAAGAAACAAAGCUUGCCCUCUUCGUCGUCACCCCGUGCCGGUUUCAUCACACAUCUCAUUUCCCGGUUCGACACUCUCUCUGGUGUCGCUAUCAAGUACGACGUUGAGGUAGCUGACAUAAAGAAGAUGAAUGGUCUUGUUACAGAUCAUCAAAUGUUUGCUCUUAAGUCACUCCGGAUCCCUUUAACAGGGCGGCAUCCGCCAUCACCAUGCUCGACAAAUGGUUCUGAUACACUGAGGCAAAGCAGUACCAACAUAACCCCAGCGCAUCAUUUGCCUCCUGAAUUGUUCCAGUCUUUGAGACUGAAGACAAGUCCUCGAAGGCUCUCCUCAACAAUGAGCUCGUUACAAGGUUACUAUGGCCUUGAAGCAACAGAAAAAAAGAACAGGUAUGAAGGUUUUGAGAUGGCAGUAUACAGGAAAGGAGAAGCUCAUCAUCUGGAGGAUGGUCCGUUCCUUAAACCCUCCUCUGCUUCCAACCCUCCCUGGGAGCUUCCCUGGAAGUUUAGAAGCAUAACUAAUGGAUUUAAUGAUGAGAUAGCAGAUAUAAUGUCUGCUGUAGAAGCCAAAGAUGGUGGACCUGAUCAAGCAAAUGAGAAACUGGUCCAAAGACGGCAGAAAUCUGAGGCAGACUUGACUGCUCGUACCCCUGAAAGGCUGUUGAAGGAGGACAGUACCAAUGGUGGAGGAUAUUCAACCAUAAUAGCAAAAGGCUUGGCACUGAGAACCAAAGCUGUUAACCGUACUAAAUCAGGAGCUGGUGCUGAGUUUGCCGGUUUCAAUCCCAUGCCAACAGGUCUUGGAGAUGGUUUUGUGGUUGCUGGAUUCUCCACAGUGAGGAAGUCAUUGAGUACAUCUAGCUUGCAAGAUCAAGACCAUAGCAGCAGCAGUUUGUCAUCAGUGUGGCCAGCUGCAUCCAAAUGGAGUCUUAAGCCUGAUUUGCAAGGAGUUUCAACGGUAGGCAAUACAAUAGCUAUUUUUGAUGGAUUGCCAAAACCAAUGUCGGCUCGUAAAAGCAAAGCUGCGCUUGAUUAGCUUCCCUUGUCCCUCCUUUCAAUCAUACAUUCCCAUUUACAUAUCAAAUCCCAUACUACAAUUUAUGAGGACUCUAUUCGCACUUACAUCCUGUGGAGUACAUAGAAAGAGAAACAAAGUCCAACAACAGAAAUACUUACCUUCAGUUUAUUUUAAAUUGUGGAUAUAUAUACAUGUUUCUGUAAUCAGUGUGAACCAUUUCAGAUGAACCACAUUAUUAAAAUUCAAAUUCAAUUAACAA